UAGAACUUCGGUGGUGAACAAUUGACAUCUUCAACUUGUCUGUACAUGUCCAGCAUGGUGGGCGAUCGGAGCCCAUUCAUAACUCGACUUUGAAAGGUCCAGCGGCUGAUGCCCGGUCUUCAGAAACCCGCGGAGCUGAGAGUCGUGGUAUCAGUGUGAUGGAGGGAAGAGCGCUGCAGGCUGACAGUAACUGUUUACUGAGUUUACCAAAGUUACCGGUGUGGAUCAUAGAGUACGUCUGGGUUCACAAGAUGAUGGAUAUACAAGAAGUUGUGGACCCUUCUGAUUGGCCAGAUGUGGACUCUCAGCCUCUUAGCAUUGAGGAUUCCUGGAGGCUGCGUGUUGCCUCUGCCCAGGUAUAUUCCAUUGUGAAGAACAGGGACAUGGAGCACUUCGAAAAAGUGAUGGGCUUUCUGGAAGCCACUUACAGACUUCUACCCAGACUGGUGACUCCCAUCAAACACAUGAAGGUCAUGUUUGGCCUUAAAACCAUGGUGAUUAUGUGGAUGCUCAGGGAGGGUCGAGGAAUGGUUGAUACUCUGUUUAAAAUCGCCCAGUUCUUCCCAAGUAAACUACCUCAAUACCAAGAUCAAUGUAACCAACACGAGAUGUUCCUCAUGAGGAAGAACAAUAUGGACUUUAAGGCUCUGGCACAAGCUCUUGCUAUGGACAAGGACAAACUUGAAGAUUAUAUUAAGAAACAGAUGGAGACGCAGUACGGUGAACAUUAUGCCCAGAAAGUAGAGGACAGGCUGCUGCACUAUCUACAUGAGCUGGAGACUGUGUUACCAGGAGAUACUUUCAUUGAUAAGAUCCUGAAGAAAGAAAGUCCUGUUACUGAAGAGGAGAAACUGCUGCUGGAAGUAAUUACCUCUGACUCCACGACCAUAGCAACAACUCUAAGGAAACUGCUGCACUGCGAUGUUGCUUCCUGUCGUCCAGCCGGGGUUUCUCAGUCAUCAGAACAUGGAGACAAUGAAAUGGAAAGCUCUCAACUCUCAAAGUCUGUGUCAUAUGGCAGCUCCACAAACGUCCUUCUCAAGUCAGUGGAAGACAAAACUCCCCUAGAGGUUUUUAAGGGAGGAGAGGGGGCUGCCCAUGAAGUGUCCAAGGAUAGCCCCCUUUUGUGGGAGAGUGACAGUCAUUUAGAUGUUAGUAGACAUCAGCAAAGAAAGGAAGAUGGUGAGGUAAUCAAGAGGGUGGAGGAAGAGGGCAGUGACAAAGUAAGGCGGGAAAGCAGUCAGAGAAGCAGGGAAUGUGUUCGGGAGGCUUCUUCCUCUCCUCAUUUCUGUUCCAAACACCAGCGAUGGGUGAAGAGCAUCCUGCAGGGGUGUCCUGACGAGUGUUCAGAAGAGCUGUUGCUGCUUCAGGCCAAUGUUUCUUCUUCUCCACCACUGUUCCAGUCAUCCUCAUCCACCUCUUCAUCACAGGACCUCACCCCCUCUGACCUCAUCCCCUGUCCCCCUGCCCAACAGCAUCCACCUUCCCAGACCACCACCCAUGCUCAGAUAGCAGCCGAGGUGUCUAAACCGGCAAAUCCCAAAGAUGGGCAGCGCUCUGGAGCAGCAAGUGAUAACUCUCAAACUGAAGCUCCACCUCUGCCCUCCUCCAGAGACACUCCUCUGUCUGCUCUGUUGUCCCCGGUGGUCCGACUGAUAGACAUUGCCUCUGCCGGACACAGCUGCCCUACCUUUAAACCCCAUCAAGCAUCUCUAAAUCACUUCAUCAUGUCUAAUCACACGCAGACAGCUUCUGCUUCCAGUUCUCAGGUACUAACCUCUCCUCAUUGCCAUACCUCAAGGAACAAAGACUCUACAUUUGAUCAAUUAGAAAGUGUGGCCCCAACAAAUCCCCCAAACACCAUGUCCAAAUUGCAAACAGGCUCAGUAUCCCAUGAUGCAGCUACUUUUACCAGCCAAACACAAACUCAACAGUCUUUCUCCAGACUUUCAAGAAAGCGCAGAAGGGCUUGCACUACCACCGGACAAUCACAGACUCUGGAUGGAUUCAGUCAAAACCCUUUGGCUGAACCGUAUGAAAAGGCCCCAACUACCUCGGUCUUUACUGCUAAUCAAAUCACUUUGUCUACAAUAUCAUCUCCACAGGUUGUCCCUCAGAACUCCAUCAAACCCCAGACAAACAACACCAGCCCUUGUCAAUCAAAGAUGCUACCAUUCUCCACUGUCGUCUCCUCUACCUCCAGCUCAGACUGUCUGGCUGUCAGGUCUGACACCUGCAGAGUCCGCCGAGCCCAGCUGAGGUUAUCAGCGCUGAGUCAGGCUGUUCUGCUGCAGUCCACACUGCUACAGCCCUAUGUGAGUCUUACCAGGCUGAGUGCUCAGGAGUGUUGCCGGGUGACCGAAGGGAGAUCCUCAGCCAGACAUGUAGAGCCUGUGUUACAAGGCAGCAAUGAAGAGAGAAGGAAGGAGGAGGAAGAAGAUUCAGAUUCUUCUUUUGAUGUGAACAAUCUUUACUCCAGUUAUUCUUCAAGCAAUGACAGUGAGGAAUCACUUCUUAAUUGCGACCCAGAGUACAAGCCUGGUAUUAAAAAGAAAAGACUAUGUAUCUAUGUAAAGACUACAAUAUGAGUUCGCUAGGAGCCUGAAUCAUAUAUGAACGUUUGAACAUAUGGACUAUAGCCUGAGUGAUAGUGGAGGCUUGAGACCAAUACUGAUAUUUGGGAUUUUAAAAAAUCACAUAAAAAUAUGUUGCCAAGAGUACACUGUUUUAACAUGAACAAUCUCAUAAAGAUCUCUUAAAUUCUCUUUUUAAAGAAUUGUACGAUCAAGGCUCGAAGGAAAUUGGACAUUUUACAAAGUAAAAUGCAAUUUCUUGUUAUUUAUUGGCCGACAUCUACACAGAUACUAAUAUAUCUACAAUAAGCUAAUAUUGUCUGAUUUUUCAGUCUAUCAGUUAGUGUUGCUAGAUUCAGGUUUUAGGAGCUGACGCCGAGUCUGAAGGGAAUGUUACACUCCUAUUCAUCUGACUCCAGGUUAUAAUACAGACAAAGUUGCUGACAACAACAAUCAACCUCAUAUCCAGCUACAGCAGGGAGUUCAGAUGAAACCGCUGUAAGCUAUCUGCUCAAUAAUAAUAUGUCAAUAUAUGAUAUGUAUAUAUGACUUUUAGCUUGUUGUGAAGAUUAUUGUAGCCAAAAACCUGCUAAAAAAAUCACUUUACAAUUUAAAAGACUAUUGAAUAUGUUUUAAAGGACAUACUGUACAUAACUUGAGAACCUUGGGGCUUUCACCUCCGCCUUUAGGUGCUGUAAAUGCACAAUGAAUAGAAACUAGUUGGUGUAAAUGUUUGAACAGUGCUGAAUAUCAUAUGUGUUAUUAUAGAAGGCAUCUUGAGUGUUUGACUGUUCUUUAACUACAGAAAAUGGUUUCUCAGUGUGGAUUUGUUGACAAAUCUAAAUAACCCAGUGGGGUUCUUAACAGAUCUUUGUGAUGUUUUUUUUUAUCAGUCGUUCAGUCCAGCACUUUGGGCUAGGCUGAAAUAUCUCUGUUGGAUGUACACUCAUGGUCACCAGAGGAUGAAUCCUAUUGACUAUUCCUGGCACCAUCAGCAGGCAAAGGUUCUCACUUAUCCAGUGAGAUAUCUCAACAUCUACUCAAUGUAUUGGCACAAAAUUUUUUAAAGACAGUCAUGGUCCCCAGAUGAUGAUCCAGUUGACUUUGGUCAUUGCUGGACUUUUCCUCUACCACUACCAUGAGGUUCACAUUUGUGCUUUUGACUGUCUUGACAACUAUUGGAUGGGCUGCAAUGAAAUCUUGUCGUUCAUAUCACUCUCUCAUAUAUUUGAAUGUGGCCAGCCCAGUAGCAUGGAGGGGAUGCAAACACACAGUGUGCUGGCUACAAAGCUGAACCUGUUUCAACCUGCAACACAAUGUGACAUCAUCCAGCAAGAUGCUGUGUCAGCCAAUCACAUUCAUAAAACAACUGUAGCUGCGAUAACUUUCAAGAGUUGUUUUUGUUCUGAAUCCCCACUUAGUAAAAAUUCAAAUAACUCUUGUGAUCCCUUAAUUUUUCAUCUACAUCGUCACGGGCUAAAUUUCAGCAUGCAAACAUGCUAAAAUGGUGAAUAUGGAAAACAUUAUACCUGCUAAACACCUACAUGUUAGCAUGUCACUGUGAGCAUGUUAGCAUCCUGGUGUUAGUGUUUAGCUCAAAGCACCACUCCAGAACACCAGAAACAAUUAGAAAACAUUAGUAAUACAGCUGCUAAUGAUGUGUGAUCUGAAGGCACCGUUCUGAACUUGCUGUGUAAAAAGUUUGCAUUAGUCAUAUUUGUCAUUUUAGUAAAUUUCAGUAUUAUUCAAAAUUCAUUCAAGUGUUAAGGGCGUGAUGAUUUCAGGUCAAAUGAGUGUUUUCUGCCAUGUGGAGAAAGGCAGACUGUCUGUAAAUGACUUGUAUGACAGGUGUGGACCACCCCAGAACAAGAGAGACAAUUCUAGUAUGUAAGUAUGAAAUCACUCUUCAUUCAUCAACUUUAGAACAAAUCUGUUUUUAUGAGUCGGUCUUUCUCACAGUGUUUUUUCUUAAGAGGAUCCAAGUUAGAACCACUUGUGCACAGUGCUUCUUCACAGCACCAAAAUCAGUUCAGCUGCUCUAUGAGCUCAGAGAUUGAUUAAAAACAAAUAGUGUAUAAGGCACAAGGAUGAACUAGCCUGUGUCCACUUGCCUGUUACCUUGUCAGCUGAUGUUAGUGAGUGUGUUUACAUGUGCAUUAGUGUUCUGGUUUUGAGCCUUUUCCUGUUUUUGAUUAAAGUCUGGAUAUGGUG